AAAAAAAAAUGUCGGAAUCAUCCAAAACGGCACCGUUUCAUAGCUCAAGAGCUUCGUUCUCGAACUUUGCGCUUCAAUUCCCAAAAAGUUUCUUAAUUUUCUUUUUCUCCUGUGUAAGUGCAAACAUCUAAAUUCCCAAGAACCAAAACUAAUAAUCUUUAAUUAUUCUAAAGAUCCGUAAAUUCAAAGCAACAUCAACGUUCUUGGCCUUCUCUAAUCAUUGUUUUAUAAACCAAAAUUUCUUCGUUUUUUUUUUCCCCCUGAAUUUUAUAAUUUGUAUGGGCUGAUCAAAGAAAAGCCACUUUCGUGUUUCCAAUUUUUUUCAUUAUUGUGUUUUUUUUUUUUUAGCUGGACUGUGUCUGAAAUCUGAAUCAUUCAAUGCCUUUCUAAAUCUCUCUCUCUUUCUCCUUCUCUCUCUCUAUCUCUCCAUCGAAGCAACAGCCAUGGGCGACGAACACUCUCUCAUCCCAAAGGAUAGUUUUGUCUUCAAGCUUCCUAAAAAAUCACCACUUGUGUUAAGAACGGUUGUUCUCUUGUUUGUGAUGGUUUGUACUGUUUAUAUUUGCUCUAUUUGUUUGAAGCAAAUUGGUGUUGUCCCUAGUGCUGGAUUCUUGAAUGUUGAAGUGUUUGAGAGACAGUGUCCUGAGCCUAACAUUGAACCUUGGGACAUACCUUAUGUCCAUUAUCCUAAACCUAAGACUUAUAGCAGGGAGGAAUGUUCGUGCAAUCCCGUUAGGUAUUUUGCUAUUCUCUCGAUGCAGAGAUCUGGUAGCGGCUGGUUUGAGACUUUACUUAACAAUCAUACUAACAUAAGCUCGAAUGGGGAGAUCUUUUCGGUUAAAGAUAGGAGGGCUAAUGUGACGACCAUUUUUGAGACCUUGGACAAAGUGUAUAACUUAGAUUGGUUGAGUAGUGCUUCUAAGAACGAGUGCACCUCUGCUGUUGGAUUGAAGUGGAUGCUUAAUCAGGGUCUAAUGAAACACCAUGAAGAGAUAGUAGAAUACUUCAAGACCCGAGGCGUGUCUGCUAUUUUCCUCUUUAGAAGAAACCUCUUGCGCCGGAUGAUUUCAGUUCUUGCAAACUCUUACGAUAGAGAUGCUAAGCCAUUACACGGUACUCACAAGUCCCACGUCCAUUCCCCUAAAGAGGCUGAGAUAUUGGCGCGCUACAAACCAUUGAUCAACACAACCCUUUUGAUACCUGAUCUGAAGCAGGUUCAAGAGAUGACUUCAAAAGCACUUGCUUACUUUAACACCACCCGGCAUAUCUUCCUCUACUACGAAGAUGUUGUCAAGAACCGCACUAAACUAGAUGAUGUGCAAGAGUUUCUAAAGGUCCCGAAACUCGAUUUAAAGAGUAGGCAAGUGAAGAUUCAUCAUGGUCCAUUGUCAAAACACGUACAAAAUUGGGAAGAGGUGCAAACAACACUGAAAGGGACCGGUUUCAAAAACUUUCUACUUGAAGAUUACCGCAGGUGAAUUUAACUCUAGGAGAGAGUGAUGUACAUAAACCUCUCUCGCAGAAAGGUCAGACCAACUUGUAGGAAAGUUUUGGUAGUGCCACGAACUGGUUUUGCAAGUCUUUUAUCUUUUAGUUUUCUCUGUUUUUUUCCAAGUUUUAAUCAAGUUGUUAGCUCUUAAUUCGAUUCAUUCUUUACCAGGGAACUAAGAGUUCUAUUGUAAUCAGAAACACAUCUGGUUCAUCCUCUUAUUUACUUCUAAUGAUUAGAACAAAGAACAAACAUUUGCCACUUUGAUUGAUAAACUAUGAAAUUGUUUAUUUCA